UGGAUGCGCUGCAGCGUCCUCGCCGGCAGCCUCAGCGGCCUGACGUUCCUCUUCGGCGUCGUGGCCCCCAUGCUCCUCCCCCCACCCUCACCCUCCUCCGACGCCGUCACCAUCCACGCCUUCUACCACGCCCACCGCACCGGCAACGCAGCGGGUGCCUUCCUCCUCAUGAUCUCGGGCUUCCUCUACGUGCCCUACGCCGCCAUCAUCUCGCACCAAAUGCGCCUCAUCCCCAACCUCAACCCCGCCAUCCCCUCCCUGCAACUCGCCAUCAGCGCCGCCUCCGUCCUCGCCUUCGUCAUCCCCUCCCUCUUCCUCGCCACCAUCACCUUCCGCGACUACGGCCCCGACCUCACCCUCCUCCUGUCCGACCUCUUCUGGCUCACGCUGGACCUCCCCUGGGUCCCCUUCUGGAUCCAGGGGUGGACGAUCGCCUGGGCCUCGUUCGCCGAUGAGAGCCCGAACCCCAUCUUUCCGAAGAGUAUGGGGCUGGUAAAUUUCAUCGCGCCCUCGUUCCUGCUCUCCUCGAGUGGCGUGCAUAUUCAGAAGACGGGCCUCUAUGCCUGGGACUCGGGGUUGGUGUGGAUUGCGGCGUUG